GAUUAAUCCAAGUAACCGGAAGCUCUGUGUUCUGAUGCAAGCUACACUACCCAAGCGUGCGAAGUUCUCGACUUAUCAACACAGCUGAUAUUUUCUAAUACAUUUUAUUCUUCAUCUACAAAAAUAGUGUAUUAAGUGAUUUGAACGAUGGCGGAUGAAGACCUCGUAAGAUUAUUGGAUUUUAAUAUUUAAAAUUUUUUCUGUCAGAAUGCUGGACUGAGUCUUGCCGGCUUGUCAAACACAAAUCUCAGUUCAGUUAUGAAUUUUUUAGUAUGAACCUCAAAACCACUUUUUCCACUCUUGAGUUUUCCUCCACAUUUCGUGACCGUUAUUUUGCUUUUAUCUUUACCCUUAUAAAUUUAUUUUAAAAUGAGAUAAAAAUAUAAUAUUUACAGUGAACAGAGUUAAAUAUGAAUUCUAAAUAUGUCAUUUAUAACAUCGAAAUUGUGUGGAUCAUAGCCGUGCCGUAUGUUAGGCACUUCGGUAAGGCAAGAGAGGCUACCUCAUAAUACACAUGGGAAAAAUGGGGAUCGGCGCAGAAGAAUCAGAGUUUUAAAUUUUUGAACGUUGGUGCUUUUCAUUGAUGACAGGACUAUUCUGUCAUAAAAUAAUGUUGACAGUAGUGGACAUCUUAACCUACAUUUCCAUCAUAAUGUUUUGCCUUUUCUAUAACCCCAAUAUUAGAAAUCCAUAGGUAUAUAGGCCUAUAAGGCAUCUUUCCCAACAAAAUUUGUAUGAAGUUCAAAUUAUGCCUUUAAUAUUAAUUAUUCAUCUGUAAAAUAUAAAUACAUAUGAAAUAUUCAAUUAUUACCACGGUAAUCACAUCAAAACAUUUGAUAACUUGUAUUUUAGAGUGAAAUUAGAAGGCAAGGGAUUUAAAUAAGAAUUUUUUAAUUCGAAGUGUCUACACGUCCGGCGCGCCGGACAAAUAGUGCGCGAGAUAUACGUCCGUAUGUCACGUAACCGCCAGACGGCUAGUAGUUGUUAUCAUUCUGAAUGAAGUGCAAUUUGGCAGAUAUUGUGUGGUCUUGUGGUAGAGUGGUCGCUUGAAGUUAUUAUGAUUUGAGGAUCAAUACCUGGUAUAGGAUCGUGUUUUUUUUCCCCAUUUUAAUUUAAAAUAUUUUAUACUAUAUUUAUAUUAUCACGUUCAUCAGCAAUAGUAGUUUCAUGAGAGGUUUUUAAAUAUCUUGUAGCAAUUGAAACAAUUUAAAAUGAAAUCUUUUACUUUUAUUGGUUGCCUACUCCAUACUGGCCCCUAAUUUAUUUUAUGGAUUACUGGUACACAAACUCAAAUAACAAACUAAACAAAAAUGUUUACAAGCCACUUUCACUUGAGUUUUUUUCUAUUAUUUGCAUUCAAGAUACUCAGUACAUUACUUGGUAGAGAAAUAGAUUUUAAAAUUAACAAUAGUUUUGAAUCAUUCGCAGUCACGUGACAAGGCUGACCGACAAGAUAUCUUCUUCUAUAUCUUAAGGGCCCUCGAUCAAUAUCUCUCGCCACUUUGUUACGGCGGUCAUGUGACUUGGUUGCCGGACAAAUAGACACUGCCUUUUUAAUUUUAGGUGUUACAACCUGGUUGAGUCCAUAUUAAUAUUAUAAAUUAUCGUAAAUUGCUGUGUGCAAAACGUUGCAUUGGGCAACCAUUCACAGCCAUUCUCUCAAAAAUAUUAAUAUUAAAAAAGUAGGACUUCACUGAGUGCAGUUUUGUUACACAGGGUCCGGGUAAUUUCAUCUGAGAGAGAAUACCCACAUUAACUUCUCAUUUUCUUCUCUAGAAGUAAUUGGGUUCUCGUACAUCCUACUUCACUUUAUUUCUCAAGGCAAACAGGUGACAAAGGCAAUGCUCUCUCAUUACGACAUGAGGCUGUAAAUUUCGUUGCAUAAUAUAUAAUUUCACCAAGGUACCUACCUGGUGCCCCUUGUACUGACAUAUGGGAGUUAAGCUUUGAUAAUUCCAGAGAUCAGCACUGCUAAAGUGAACUGAGUUUUUAAAGUUUUCAAUCUCAGCAAGGCUCUCACAGAAAAUGCAUAUUCUGGUCCUGCAUCCCCAUAGCUUAUUAAUGACAGUUCACGAACCAAGACUACAAGCCUCCCACCCACAAGCUGGUCAGUGCCUGGCUUGAAAACUUUGUAUGUUUCCAAAUUGCAUUACAUACAGCUUUUUGUAUAAUCAGUGCAAUUGAAGGUUUCAUUCAGUAAAAUAUAAAUUUAAUGAGGUUUCACCUUUAUUGCUGUAAAUGUUUCAGUUACCGUUUGAUCCUACCAUGAAGAAGAAAAAAAAGAAGAAGAAGACAGGCUUUGAUUUGGAUGCAGCUAUGGGAGAAGACAGUGGCUCGGCUGCUGAUGGACUGCCAACCGUGACACAGCCUCCAGCUGAGGAAGAGGAGGAGGAGGUACCUGAACCUCAGCAGUCACAGAAUCCUGAUGGUAAAAAAACCUUGCUAAAAUCAUGCCUUAAGCUUAUCGUGGGUUAAGUUUUAUUAGGAUGGGGCCAACGUAAAAAUAAAUAAAUUAAAAAAUGUCAACCAAAUUCAGUUUGUUCAUAAUUAUUGCUCUGUGUUUAUAAAUUAUCAGAUUUCUUUACACUGAUUCUUGGUUCAUUUAUCUUUAGAUUUUUCUAUGGAUUUUACCAGCAUGAAGAAGAAGAAGAAAAAGAAGAAGGCUUUUGAACUUGAUGAGUUAGAGGAGGAAUUGCCAGUAAGUUUGUAGGCUUAAUUAAAUUACUUUUUUUUUUUUUCAUUGGUGUUGAAGAUGUGACAUUAUUUGUUAAAGCUUUGUAAGUACUUCUUUGUGAUAAUUAAGUACUUCUUUGUGAUAAUCACCUGUGCUUCAUUUAAAAAAAAAAAUAAUUUCUCUUAAAUCACUUUAAAUAACCAUAAUUUUAUAGUUUUAUGAUUUUUUAAGAGAAAAAAAAUGUCAGAAACUAUUUUGAUAAACUGAUGUUAAUAAAGGAUGUUUGUUAUCUGUCAAAGAUUUGACAAUAAUUAUUUGAGGUUAACAUUUUAUAUCCAAAAACUGUCGACCGGCAUCCACAAAGAAAUAACGAAGAUACUAUCAGAUAGCCUGUUCAAAGUCAGAUGGUCAAAUUAUGUUAAAAAUUGAUUCAGGUGAUGACUUCGGAAGUUAAUUAGGUUUAGUUACAGGUAACGCAUAUGUUAUAUCAGCAAGCUAUAGGUGAAUUCCAUGGUAACGGAUGUAACUUUCAGAAAAAUUAUUUCAAUUGACAUUCUGUGUAAAUGAAAAAUGUCAUGAAGUGUGCGUAAUGUAACUAUACAUGGUUUUGGUUCUUACUUCUGUAGACAGAACAAAAGCAUUUAUAAAAAUCUAAUAGGCAUAGUAGUAAAAAUUAUACUUAUUAUAAAAAAAUAUUGUGUCAUAAUAUUUGGUCUGCAUAUUUUUUGUUGAUUUCCUCUCAAAUCUGCUUGAAUUGGAAUAAAAUUAUUAAGAAGAAUGCUGACUCAAUAUUCAAUUUAUCUUCUUCCAUCAUCAAAACGGCUCUAUUUUCACCAGUUAUUCCAGUAAAAAGACUGAUGUCACAAAAUUCCAAUUCAGUGUGGUUUUCGGCCAUCCUGUUGUGUCUGAGGAAUUUGCUUUGGCAUGCAUUUUGACCACUUGUCUAAUUUUUGCUUGACCUUCUGCUACAUCAUCUUUUGUUAUAAAGAGAAUAUUCACACAGGGACAGCUUAUUUGAAAAUUACUGUAUACUCUUCUGCAAGAUAAACUAUUGCACGAUGCUGUAGAAUUCUUCCCUGGGCAGCUCCUUUGACUGUUCCUCCGACUCUGGCAACUUGUCCGUCUCCACGGACAGUAAUAAAAAAAACUCCAGUCAAUAUAUUGCAGUUCUGGAUGAAGUUCUGUUGGUGCAAGUGUGCCAGACAACAUAUUCCUAUUUUUAAACUGAUUGCAAGCUCCAUCCGGGAAGACGUGCAAUGCUUUAAUUGUUUGACCUUCAUUUGCAUGUUUCAGUAUUGCUGCAUUGAAACAGUGGACACCAUAUUUAUCUUGAUCCACAUAAUCUCUGACCACAAUGUUUCCUGUGUUUGUCAUAAUUUCGUCUUCCAGCUUGUCCAUGAAGUUCUCAACAAAAGUCUGCUCAUGCUCAGAUAAAUAAAUUUAGUCACUUAGCUCUUCACCUAGACAUAAAACUAAAAAGUAGAUCAGAGCUCUUGUACCAAUCCUUAUAAGGGGAUGACAGGCGUAUAUUCUUGUGAAACAACACUUGCGCACUGUUUAAGGUGACUUCUGGAAGUAACAUUAGUGUGAAAUAUGGGUCUAUGAUUGUAAAGGCUUCUUGGGCCAGCCAUUUUCAUAAAGAAAGAUUGGCUAUGACUUGGCCAAUAUCAAUUACGCAACCAAUUUUAAUGGUAUAUAUAUUUUUUAAAAUCCUGAAGAAAACAACAGAGACUGAGACGAUACCAUCAACAGCAGUUGAGUCUCAGUUCAACGUAGAAGAUCUUGACUUCACAAAAAAAAAGAAGAAAAAGAAAAAGCCCCUCAACAUUGAUGGUGGAGGAGAAGAUGGACAAGAAGAUGGUAGGGAACUCUUCUUUUUCCUUUUCUGUGUUCAAUAAAUUGAACAUCAGUUACCUUAGAUUUUUACAGUUCUUUAACACUUGUUUUAAAAUUCAUGAGCUAAAGAGGCACGUGGUCUUAAUUAAAAUCAAUGGAUGGUUUUAUCUGCUUGUUUUUGGCAGUUAUAAUAAUUAUCUUCAAAGACGUAUGAAUGACUGCUAUGUCAAUAGGCUGUAUGUGUUGUAAUCAAAGACAUAUGAACAUCUGUUGUGUUAACAGGCUUUAUGUGUAUGUAUGCUCUCUUGAAACAUGUUGGUUUUUAAAAAUCCCUGUAUUUAUUUGAUAUUCUCAUUAAUUUAGUAGCUAUUCUAUUGGAUUAUAAAUGAGUGAUUUAUUUGUAGGUAUGGAACAACAGACAACCUAUGUUUGUUUAAAUGAGGUUUAGAGAAAUGAGACUAAAUUAAAAUUCCAACUUAUAUUAUGGGUAGAAGUAGGGAAUUAUAUAGUUUUAAGUUAAACAUUGAGCACUGGCAACUAGAUUCACCAAGUAGUGGCACUUCCACACUUGCCUGGCCAUAAAUAUUUUAAGUUAAAAAAAAUAUCCAUAAAUUAAGCAUUUGUACAAGUACAGUGAGCUUACUGAAACUGAAUGGACCUUUAAAUUAAAAACAAACUGUUGGCUUUUCCAGAGGAGCAGAUUGGUGACGAUGCUGGGAGCCACACUGCAUGGGUUGGUUCUGACAGAGACUAUACCUAUGAUGAGGUAAGCUAAAAGAAAGAAGUGCUUCAAUGGGAGUUCAAAGGGAUACUUUAAGCUUCAAAACGGAAUGUUGUUGUUUUGACCCAGCCAGAAUGCAUGGACUCAAAAGAUAUUUACAACUUUCCGAGUGGGGGGGAGGGGGGGGGGAAUUAAAAAGUAAUAAUACUUGUUAAAUGUAUAGCACUGCUUUUUGUACGCCAUAAUUCUAGCACAUUGCUGCCCCUUAUACCUGUACCCAUCGCUCUAUUUGUCUAGUUCAGGUCGCCAAGCAACUUAACUCUCGCACAAUAGGACUGCUUAAAUUUACUGCUAUUGAUUAAAUGGCUGUUCUUUUCUGAAGAAAUCCAAAAUUUCUGAAGUUUUCUUUAGUGGCAAGAUUUAUCAUUUUCAACUCGACUCAACUUAAAAAACAAGUAUCUGGGAAACCUUUUUAAGCCUUUACCCCAAAAUAUAUUUGUUGAAUCAGACGUCCCCUACCCUCCUUGAUUUGGAAGGAAGGAAGAAAAUCAAAGAUAAUUUAAAAUUGAUAUUGUUUUUGAAUCUAUUUAUAUGAAGAAUACUGGUAAUAAAUAUAAAAAAUAAAUUAAUAAACCCCAUAAGGAUUUGUUGGGGGAAAAAUGCACUUCAAAUUUUGGAGAAAUCAUGAUUUAUACACUAACAUCAUUAUUAGAAAAGAAAUUUGGAUUCUGUCUUCGGGGUUCAAUAGUUGAUUUCUUUGUUGUUUUUAUUUUUAAUGUGCUUUAGUGUGGAAAAACCUUGUUAAAAAAAAAAAAAAGAAAAUUGUAGUUUCAAAAGGAAGCAAAUUUUGAUGGCCUUUUAAUCUGCAAUUUUUGCAAGUCUAUGGAGAUCUUGAGCAUGAACAGUAGCAUUUAUGGGGGUGUGGGAGGGAGUGGGCCACACCGGGUGACACCAGAUAUGGGAGUUGAGCGGGCAGCACUGAGGGACACCAAAUGGAACAAAAAAAGGGAAUUUGACAAGGCUCGAUUUCAUAACAGGCCUAAUGCAAGAGCAGGUUGUCAUGGCACAUAGUGCCCAUAGUGCCACUGGAGCAGGGUUGACCAGAGCAUAGUUGAGCAUUAGAUAAAAUAGACGCUUUGACUAAAAUGACACAUUCAAGAUAAGACAUUCGCUUACACUAGCUGGUAUGACAUUUAGUAACCAACCACUACACGCCCAGGGCGUUUCUUAAUUUCACUGACCUGAUGGGGCUUUGGCAGAGGGAAGGAAAAUUGCAAAAGGGAAAACACUUUUAAUUUUAUGCAUGUCUAUUGAGCCCUAAUGACCACAAGAUUUUUAUUUUUUCCCGGUUCGCUGACCCCAGGCUUUCAUGAUGAAAAUGUCAAGCUUAAUCUAUUUAAGUUAAUGUAGAAAUAAAUAUUGAUGAUCCAAUGAUUUAAGCAAACUCUGAACCAGACAUACUGUCAGUACUGGUUUAUAUGGUGAACCAGACAUACAGUUAGUUCUGAUUUAUAUGGUGAACCAGACAUACAGUUAGUACUGGUUCAUAAGGUGAACCAUACAGUUAGUACUGGUUCAUAAGGUGAACCAUACAGUUAGUACUGGUUCAUAAGGUGUUGAUGCUGGUAGAGGUUGGGGGGGUGUCGAGGCUGACCAUUAGUUGAUGCUGUCAGAGGUUGGAGGGGUGUCAAGGCUGACCAUUAGUUGAUGCUGGCAGAGGUUGAGGGGGGUGUCAAGGCUGACCAUUAGUUGAUGCUGGCAGAGGUUGGGGGGUGUCGAGGCUGACCAUUAGUUGAUGCUGNGGGGUGUCGAGGCUGACCAUUAGUUGAUGCUGGCAGAGGUUGGGGGGGUGGGUGUCGAGGCUGACCAUUAGUUGAUGCUGGCAGAGGUUGGGGGGGGUGUCGAGGCUGACCAUGGUGCAUAAGGAGCUGAUGCUGGCAGGGGGGGCGGGGUGGGUGUGGAGGGUGACCAUGGUGAUGCCACUGAACUUGUAAAUAUUUAAUGUUCUUUUUUAUUUCCAAAUUGAAUAACUGAAACCAUAUUUUAUGUGAUUAUUCCAUUUCAUUCUAAAGCUGCGCACCCAUGUGUUUGAUAACCAUAUUUUAUCCUGUGACUGUUCCAUUUCAUUCUAAAGCUGCUCACCCGGGUCUUUGAUAUUAUGAGAGAGAAGAAUCCCGACAUGAUUGCCGGAGAGAAGAAAAAGUUUGUCAUGAGACCUCCGCAAGUCCUGAGGGUUGGAACCAGAAAGACAUCUUUUGCUAAUUUUGCAGACAUUUGUAGAUUGUAAGAAUAAAUGACAUUGUUCUUGUGAAGUACAUUGGAAUGUUGAAAUGAUUAGAUAAGAAUGGUGAAAGAUUUUUGUGGAAUUAGAUUAGAAUAUUAAUUGUUUAGAUUAAUGAUAAAGGAUGAGAUGAAAAUUUGCAUUAUUUUUUUCUUCUUUAAAGUUAGAUUCAGUUUUCAAUGUACAUUUAAGUUUUCUUACUUCUCUCUUUCUUACCAGCUUCUGAAAAUAUUUCAUUUCAAUAAGCAUGUGCUUUUUUUAUUUCUGCAGAUUACACAGACAACCAAAGCAUGUUCUAGCCUUUUUGUUAGCUGAGUUGGGUACAAGGUACGUCAGAUAUUUAAAAAAAAAUUUUUAAUACACUAUCUAUACAAUAGUUGCCAGUUUUUUAUUCUUGCCAAUCAAAGCAUUCAAAAGUCCCAGCUCAACUGCAAAAAAUUAUUGCUUGAGAAUAUAACUACUAUUUAUUUAGUUUACAACAGACGGCCAUUUUGUGUGUGUUUGUGUCAUUUUUGUUUCACAUAAAUAUUCUCUUUUGAACAUACCAUAGGCUAUUUUUUAAAAAUUUCCCAGCUUGUAGAAAUGCAAAGAAAAUUGCUUUCUGUUUUUUUUUUUUUUUUUUUUUUUUUUUUUUUUAUUUUUUUUUGUGUUUUGGGUUUUUUUGUUGAUUUUGCUAAUUAUAUCUGUGUUGUGCGUUUUCAGAUUUGUUUCCCUUGCUAAUAUAAACCAUUUCCUCAAUGUGUUUACAUUAUUAAUAUUGGGUAGGGGUGGGAGCUGCAGGCAAAGGAGGAUUUUGGGGGUGGGGGGGGGGAAGAACACCUGAUAUCCAAGUUUUUAAAUUACACAUCUAAACCCUCUGAUCCAAGAAUAAAUCAAAGCGUUUUCAUUUGAUCAAAAAUUUUCUCAUGUGAUCAACAAUGGGCAGAUAGGUUGGGGGGUUAAUGUUGUCAUCAUUAAAGUAUUGAUUUUUUUUUUUUUGUGGGGAUUUUUUUUGCAAUGUCAUUUAAUUUAUUAUUGUUUUGAAAAAUGCAUUUAAAAAAAUAAAUCUAAAUUCAGCAAUAACGUUAUUAAAUGACCAAUUCACUUGUUUUCUACAGUGGUUCUGUUGACGGAAAUAACCAGCUCAUAAUCAGAGGCAAAUACACACAAAAGCAAAUAGAAAAUGUGCUUAGGCGGUAUAUAAGUAAGUGCAUAAGUUCUAGUAACUUGACUUCCUUACUAGUAGCUCCAUUAAGUAAGUGCAUAAGUUCUAGUAACUUGACUUCCCAGUAGCAGCUCCAUGUUUUAUUGAUAUUUUACUUCUACUUUCAUUGUUUCCUAUUAUGUACUAUGGUAACCAGUAGCUAUAAAAAAACUCAAUGAUAACCGAUAGCUAUCAAAACCCGAUGGUAACCGGUAGCAAUCAAAGCUCAAUGAUAACUGUUGGCUAUCAAAACUCAUCCAGUACAAGCCUUUGUUGGCCUUAUCUUUAAACUGAGCCAAAAUGAGGAAAAAAAAUGAGGUCUGGUGGAGUCAGCUUGCCUGGGUGUACAGAGAGAGCAUUUGAGCUCUGACUAGGAUGUUUCUUGAGACUAAUGACAUGUUACCGAGAUGUUUCUUGAGACUAAUGACAUGUUACCGGGAUGUUUCUUGAGACAAAUGACAUGUUACUGGGGUGUUUCUUGAGACAAAUGACAUGUUACUGGGGUGUUUCUUGAGACAAAUGACAUCUUUAGUCUUUCAGUGAAAUGAUGGUGUUCAACAGUCUCAUUUCUUUUCUUUUUGCAGAGGAGUAUGUUACCUGUCAUACAUGUCGUUCCCGUGACACAUUGCUUCAGAAGGAUACUCGCCUCUUCUUCCUCCAGUGUGAGACCUGCGGCAGUAGAUGUUCCGUGGCCAGCAUCAAAACGGGUUUCCAGGCAGUCACAGGCAAAAGAGCUGCGAUUCGUGCAAAAACGGCUUAACAAAUUAUUUAGCAUGGGUUUGUUUUUAUGUAAAUUUGUAUGAAAGAUGAACAUUUGUCGAAUGCCGCCCUCUCUCUCUCUCUCAUCUGGUGCGUAAAUAAAUCAAAUAUUGUUGAGUGUUUUGAUGCCAUGAUUUACCCGAGUGCUACUUGCUCAUGGGGUGCUUGAGGUUUUUAGACUGACAUCUGUAUAUUUUGUUAUAUUUUUAUGAAUAUCUACAGACUGUGAAAGUAAGAAACGUCAGCUGCAAGGGAUGAAAGUGAAAGGUAAACAGAGAGAAGGAACAGCUGUAGCUUCAGCUUAAGAUGAGCUCAGGCUUGUGUAAUAGGCAAACAUAACAUUUUAAAAAUUGGGACAAGCCCCCUUGAAAAUGCCUGGCAGAUAAUUUUGUUUUUACGUUCCGCUCAUAAAUCAGAAAUUGUUGUAAAACUUAUUUUUUUAAAUUUAGGAAUAGCUUUGAAUUGUAGUACAGUAUUUUUUUCUCAUUUAGUCCUGUGCUGCAACCUUUUAAAACAUUGAUAAACAUUCAAGUCUUGAUAGUUCAAGACUUGUUGAAAUAUGUCUGUUCGGCUGUGCAGUAGUUGGAUGACAUUGUCACUGUUGCCCCUGGACGACAUUGACACUGUUGCCUCGACUAGAUAAUCAGGCAUUGUGUGUGACAUUUGUUUAAACAUGUUUCUUGCAGAUGAUAUGAAAUUGAAUACAUCUGGCUUAUUUGGAAGGGGGGGUGAAGUUUUAUUUGGAGAUGAGGUGGCAUGUUUUGAUGGCUACAUACAUCAUUUGUAUUUGAUGAAAUACAACAGCUAGAAAUUAAAACCUUAUUUAUUCAGUUUAUUUUUGUAUGGGCGGUUGUGUGUUACGUGAGGGUUAGACAGAUUAACAAUAGCCGGCCGAGUUGCGCCUUUGAGUGUUAUGUGUUGUCAACAAACAGUUCCUGAAAUUGUUACGACUGAUGCUCUCCCUUUGGAGAUGAGACAUGAUCAGUUAAGUGUAAAAAUUGACCUAGUUUUUUUGAAAUUAAAUCAACAGUUGUACAGUACAAACUCUUUUUAUUAUAAACAUGAUUUUUUUAAAAAGUAGAAAUAGUGAUCACAACUGUUUUCCCCCCAUACCUAAAAUUUGAGAAGAAAGUUUAACAAUUCUUGAUAUAAACCAAACAAUUGAGUUGAAACGACUUGGGAUGUAGUUUUGAGCUGGUGGUUAACAUUGGAAGUUGUUGGCGUGAGUGUCGGUUGCAUGAUCAUCCACUAUUAUUUGAACCACUUAAUACACACAUUUUGUCCAUGCCUGUGCCGACAUGUCCUAUCUGUUUGAUUGUACAGUGUUUUGUCCUAUUUUGUUUCAUUGUACCGGUAGAGUUUUGUCCUAUAUGUCUCAUUGUACCGGUGUAGAAUUUUGUCCUGUGUGUUUCAUAUCAUGGUUUAUCUAUUACAAUAAAAGUGAAAAAGUCUCUCCAUCCUAGUGCUUUACUUUCUGUAUCAUUAGUUUCUGUUUUUUUUUCCAGGUAAGAUGGUGUUUCAUUUUGUAUUCCAAAACUAAUUUAGUUAGUCC